GAUUUUAGACUAUAAAUCUAAAGUUAUCCUAACAUAUUUUUAACUCUAAACAAAUGUAAAUAAUAAAAGAUUGAAAACGAAACCGUCAAGGAUGAAUAACACUUCAUAUUAUGAUGAAGCUCUUUCAGACAUUACAACCGGUGGUGAAAUCGAAUCAUCUAGUCCUGUUAUCAUGCUUCUUGUGUCUGUUGUCUAUCCUCUUAUAAUUAUAUUCAGUACAGUUGGUAAUAGUAUUGUCAUAUUAACUGUAGUACGUAGUACAGCAAUGCGAACUAUUACAAAUUUAUUCAUAUCAAAUUUAGCUGCAUCUGAUCUGUUAAUGACAUUUGUUGCAGCUCCUGUUACACCGAUUGUAUUUCAUAUGAAAAGUUGGAAAUUACCAGAAUUUCUGUGUAAAUUAUUGCCUGUAACAAUGGGCGUUAGUGUGUAUGUUUCAACGCUUACGUCAACAGCUAUAGCAGCUGAUAGAUAUUUAGUUAUUGUUCAUCCAUUUCGAACACGAAUGUCACAGCUUAUAUGUGGACUUAUCAUAGCUGGUGUUUGGCUUAUUUCUGUGCUUAUAUCAUUACCAUUAGGGAUUUACACAAUCAUUAAAAUUGAUGCAAAAAAUAAUGAACCUUCUUGUAUUGAAACAUGGCCACAUCCGUUAUCAAGACCAAUAUACGCAGUGAUCACAUUCAUUCUACAGUUUGUUGCACCAUGUAUGAUAAUAUCAUUAUGUUACUAUCGUGUGAGUUGUGUCCUACGAUCAAGAGGUUCAACAAAAAUUGGUUGUGGACCUAAAAGUCGUGAAAAAGAAGAACUUGAAGUGAAACGUAAUCGUCGAACAAAUCAAAUGUUAAUAGCAAUGGUUGUUAUAUUUGUUGUCUGUUGGAUACCAUUAAAUGUUCUUUGGGUAGUUGCUGAUAUCAUUGGUGAAGUUGUUGAAAAUUCAGUACACUUUCAUAAUACAUUUAUCUUAUGUCAUAUGAUUGCAAUGAGUUCAGCUGUUUAUAAUCCAUUUUUAUAUGCAUGGUUAAAUAAUAAUUUUCGACAAGAAUUAAAAGCUGUCUUUCACUGUAAUACAAAUUUAUGCUCUAAACAAUCUUCUAUGCAUACAAUGACUACAACAGCAGUACCGACAACAACAACAAUCCGAAGACAAACACAAGCAAAAGCUAUAUCAGCAUUCCAUUAUACUAACAAUAAUACUACCACUAAUAAUAAUAAUAACGCUAGUGAUGAUGAUGGUGAUGAUGACGAUCAUAUUGAUGCGAAUGACAAUCGCCAUGACUAUGACCUUGACGACAAUGCAAAGCAUAAAACAAAUAGUCGAUUAAAACAAAAUAAAUCAGUGGAUAAACAAAGGAAAGAUGUAAAUUAUAUGACGAUAGCUGAUGGUGAUGGAGGUGUCUGGCAAGGACCUGUGUGUAAUGAAGUAGUCAAUCAAGAAGGGCAAACUCAUCAUUAACAAUCUGCAGACGUCAGCAUCGCCGUCAUUAUCACCACCUAACGAAACGAUUUAACAAACACAUAAAAAAAGACAAAAAACAAAAACAAGAUUCUAAGAUUUAUAAGCUUAAUAACUAUGAUGAGCUUAUUUAUAUUUUUAUUUACUGAAGUCAAUAGCUGAGCAGUUAUUUCUUUUUAACUAACAAGUUGUCAGCUUUAUUUUGACCAUGUUACUUACUAGGCUACCUGUUAAAUAUAUAAUAAUGUAGGAUUGAUUUUAUCCAAUAUAUAUGUGAACAUUUCAAUUCAUUUCAUUUCAUUCAAUGCAGCUAGUUUCCUUGUGUCUGCUAAUAAUUUUUUUGUUGUUCUCAUUACUUCUUCGAGAGUAUGGCAUUUAUAUAUUUGUCUACGUUUGUGUUUCUCCUCUCUCUCCCUUUGUCCCUUUGUGUGUGUGUGUGUGUGUGUGGGUGGGUGCGUGCGUGCGUGCAAGUGAGUAUUCCUGUGUAUUUAUAUAUACAUACAUGAAUACAAUGAAACAGAUUAUUUUAACAAUACUAUUAAUAAUAACAGGAAUACUAGAUGAAGUAGAUACGCUUUACUGU